AUGGAUCGGGUAGAUGAAUCUGAACAAAAUGAAGUUAAUCAACAAAAUACUAGUCAACAAAUACAUUCUUCUAAUAAUGAACAAAUAUUGGAAAAUGAAGAACAACAAAAAUAUUAUCAAACAAACAAAGGACAAGAACAACAGAAUUCAACAGACGGUCAGUUAAUUGAGACUAGAUCUGAUCAUUUAAACAAUCAAAAAGAAGGAAUUGAUAAACAAAAUGAGAAUAAUUUACAAGAACAAAUUAAUGAUCAAACAAGUAAUAUAGUCGAAUCUCUAUUUUAUAUUUACAUAUAUAAUCUCCAUUUUAACAAAUAUUAUUUGAAAAAGAUUUGUUUGGGCCUUAGAACAAGACAUUAUUCAACACUUUUUCAAUCCUUUUUCGUUUUUACAUAUAAAAGGUGUAUGUAA